AUGAAGUUCAUCGCCGCUGCCAGCCUUGUCUCAGGCCUGUUCGCAACCGCCGCCUCGGCCAUCGACCUGCACCUCGAGUUUGCAGGCGGCUGCAGCACCAGCGGCGGUGGUGCUGUCUGCUGGAACUGGAACCCCAACACUUGCUGCAGCGUCAACGCGGGUACCUACUUCGCCAGCGGCUCGUUCAGAGCCAUCCCUCGCAACUGGAACAUCCAGGCCCGUGGCCACGCCGGGCCUAACUGCGGCGCCGUCCGCGACCAGCAGGACAGCGCCGCCCGCGACUACGUCUGCCUAGGCAACGGACCCUUUGGUGGGCUGGGCUACGGUUUCAACAACAGAAAGAUGAUCCGCGGUGAGACGCUGGACGCUCGCAAUGGCGAGGAGACCGAUGGGUGCGCCCAGCCUGACGUCCUGUACCUCGCCGACGGCACCCAGUACAACUACACCGCCAUUGUCGAGACUGGCCAGCCCACCGAGGAGCUUUUCUCGCUUAUCAAGGCAGGCGCAUCGGCCGAGGACGUCACCGGCUUUGACGCAUUCAAGCUCGAGGAAAAGCUCGCUCUGUAA